GAAUGCAGUAGUUAUUGCUCUUGAUGCAGCAGGUGUACCGUUCCUGACGCAGUCUGUUCCGCCGUCUGCUAACAUCCCUCACGCGCUCACCGGUUAUUUACCGGGCAACAACAGCUGCAUCAUUUUGUCAACCGGUGCGGUACAGCAGCCCCAACGUUACUUUGCAAUACCUCGAGAACACGGAAUCACGCUUUUGCGCGCGCGUUACACACUGUUGGUUCAGCUCGAGCGCGUCUCGUCGCGGUGAGUCAGUGAGGCGCGAUUGGAUUUAGUCGCUGUGCGUCGGUCAGUCCUCGUUCUGUUGGCGGUACCGUAACCGGGCGGCAUGAAACGGAAUGCGGGCAACGGUUAAAACCGGUCAUACAGUCACAGAAACCGACACUCGCGUUCGCGGCUUUAUCCGUUUGUGUUUCCUGUAAGGCUGGAAAGAUUGACGCGUUAAGACGGUUAUUCGGAGGCAGCGCUCACCCUGGAAGCACCAUGGCCAGGGGAAGCGAGGAAUCUGUGAAUGGAUCGUGGAAAAAGCAAGUGGAUGAUAUCAGGAAGAUAUUUGAGAUGAAGGAAAUCCUCGGGACUGGGGCAUUUUCUGAGGUGGUCCUGGCCCAAGAGAAGGCCACAGGAGAGAUGUACGCCGUGAAAUGCAUCCCAAAAAAAGCACUAAGAGGAAAAGAGAGCGGAAUAGAUAACGAGAUUGCAGUGCUGAGGAAGAUCAAGCAUGAGAACAUUGUGACACUGGAAGACAUUUAUGAGAGCCCCACUCAUUUAUAUCUUAUCAUGCAACUUGUGUCUGGUGGGGAGUUGUUUGAUCGUAUCGUAGAAAGAGGUUUCUACACGGAGCAGGAUGCCAGCGCGUUAAUCAAACAGGUUCUGGAUGCGGUUAACUACCUGCAUUCACUGGGGAUAGUCCACAGAGACCUGAAGCCAGAGAAUCUGCUCUAUUUUAACCCACAUGAAGAAUCCAAGAUUAUGAUAAGUGAUUUCGGGCUGUCCAAGAUGGAGGGUGCAGCCAAUGACAUCAUGUCCACAGCCUGUGGGACACCGGGAUAUGUGGCUCCAGAGGUAUUAGCACAGAAGCCUUACAGCAAAGCUGUGGACUGCUGGUCUAUCGGAGUUAUUGCUUACAUCUUGUUGUGUGGAUACCCUCCGUUUUAUGACGAGAAUGACUCCAAACUGUUUGAGCAAAUACUGAGGGCAGAAUACGAGUUUGAUUCCCCGUACUGGGACGAUAUUUCUGAUUCAGCUAAAGACUUCAUUAAUAACCUGAUGCAGAAAGAUCCAGAAAAGAGGUUCACUUGUGAAGAGGCUCUUCGGCAUCCAUGGAUAGCUGGUGAUACUGCGCUCUGUAAGAACAUCCACGAAUCAGUCAGCCGACAGAUGAAGAAGAACUUUGCCAAAGCUAAAUGGCGACAAGCGUUCAACGCUACCGCAGUGAUCAGACAUAUGAGGCGUCUUCAGCUCGGCAGCAGUAUGGAUUCCUCUCAACACAGGAAGCAGAAUCCAACAUCCAUGCCAGGGAAGAGUCAGUCGGUCGAUGUUUCCUCAGUCCACCGCAACGACUGUUCUUCCAUGCAAGCGGCAAACUCUUCCUCGGGGACGCCCGAGCGGCACACACGGCCAUCCACGGUCACUACCAUCAUCACUGGCUCCAAAUGACAUCACUUCCUGUCAGACUGCUCACUUGACUGUUGCACUUAGUGGAAAGACGUGUUUUCUUCUAUUUAACGAUAACUUCCUUUGUCCACAGUCGAACCAGU